UCCCUCCCUCCCUCCUCCCCGGCGGCGAGGGCGGGUAUUCUGCAGCCGGGCCCCCCUGCCGCCCCGCGCCGGCCCUGCGGAGGGCGGCGGAGCGGGGGCGCCGCCGCUUGAAGCAGCUCCCUGCGGGCUGCGAGAGAGAAGGAAGUGGCGGGGCGGAGGAGCCAAAGGCGAGCGCGGCGAGCGGCGCCCCGAGAGGCGACCGGGCUGGCGCGCGGAUCCCCGGAGCCUCGAGCGGGAGGCGGGUCCCCGCCGCGGCCCGGGCGGGUCCGAAGAGCCGGCGCGGGCGGGCGGGCGGCUGGCUGGGACCGCCCUCCCGACCAGUCCCGCCGGCAGCCGCUGUCCCGCCGGCCGCGGAGCGCGGCAAGCAACUUCGGGAAAGUUUGUGCCCGGGGCUGAGCCCCCUCCCAGCCUGCCGAGCCGCCUCCUGCGCCGGCCGGGGAUGCCCGCUCGGGGGGGCCGGGACGGCCGCCCGCCCGCCGCGCUCCUCUGCGCGCUGCUCUUCCUGAGCGGGGCGGCGGGGGCGCCCUCGGAGCUGCGGGUGCGCGUCCGGCUCCCGGACGGGCAGGUGACGGAGGAGAGCCUGCAGGCGGACAGCGACGCGGACUGCGUCAGCCUGGAGCUCCGCAAGAGCGACGGGACGCUCGUCACCCUCACCGCCGACUUCAAGCAGGAAGUGAAGAUAUUCCGAGCCCUGAUCCUUGGGGAACUGGAAAGGGGCCAGAGCCAAUUCCAAGCCCUUUGCUUUGUCACCAGGCUGCAUCGCAAUGAAAUCAUCCCCAGCGAGUCCAUGGCCAAGCUAAGACAGAAAAACCCACAGACUGUGCGGCAGGCUGAGGAGGUGCGUGCCCUCGAGCACCUCAGUAUGGAUGUGGCCGUCAACUUCAGCAAAGGGGCCCAGCUUAGCUCCCACAUCUACAACAUCUGUUCGGAGGCCAAGGAGACCAUUUACACUCGGGAAGAGGAUGUGAAGUUCUGGAUGGAAAAAGGGGUGGAUGGCUCCAUGUUUGAGGUCUUGCCUCAGUCUGCAGACCUGCCUGAUCUGCAACGUUGCCGGCUCUGCCCAGAUCGCUGGAAGCCUUGCAUCUGCAGCUAUGCCUUGAGCAUCGAGUGGUACCCCUGCAUGCUCAAGUACUGCAAGAGCCGAGAUGCAGCUGGAAAGGCCACCUCCUACAAGUGUGGCAUCCGCAGCUGCCAGAAGGCCUAUAGUUUUGAUUACUAUGUGCCACAGAAGCAGCUCUGCCUGUGGGAUGAAGAGACUUAGCAGGACACCUGGGUAGCCAUCUUUUUCUGGACUGUGAGCCCUUGACUUCUACCUUCCUUCCUGGAGCUCUGGGCAGUGCUAACAAGAUGGCCACCUGGAACUGCAAAGAGGAAGGGGCAGGGCACGAAGGGAGACCCCUGUGGGAUGCCUCCUGAACAUCGUUUGGAGUGAGUCUCUCCAUGUGCUCCUGUAGCCAGCACCUUCAGAUUUAUGGGCAGAGACUACAUUCAGCUUGCGAUGUUGUCCAAAGAAAGAUGAGGAACAUCAGAAUGAGGUCUUGACUUUUGAGGCUUCUUGACAGCCAUGAGAUUUGUGCCUACUUCUUAUAAUAAAGACAUGGAGACGAGAGGAUAGAUGUCCUUCUUUGACAACCUCCCAGAAGGGAUUAGACACCAGGUAGCUAGCAGGAUGCCUUUGUGGAUAGAGGAUCUUCUGGACAAAGCUCAUGAGCUUCCAAUAUGUUCUACCAUUGCUACCUGGAGCAACCAGCAGGAGGAGACAAAAAACCAUGAUGGUGUUGGACUCUAGAAGGACAUCACACCAACAGCCUGGAUAUUCUCCACAUCAUUUUAUGCAAGAAUAAGAGAUUAUUUGAGAAUGGGGUGGGGUUGCUGUUUUCCUACAAACAAUUAUCAAUUACAACAAUGCCCUGUGCCCCCAGUGACCAAUAUGAAUAGUGCCAUCCCUGGCCAGCUUUGACGAUGGCAGUUUGCCAAGAUGCAUCUGACAUAUAUGCUGCAUAAUCAGCUGGGUGGGUCCUAAAGGAAUGAUGCCCAGUCCAGCCGCUUGGUCUUGCUUGGCUCCCUAAUGCUGGAGGUGGUAGAGAACUCUGGUUCCUCAAGGGUGCAGAUCACCUUUUUCCUUAUCACUCUGCCUUAAUAAGAGAUUGUGCCAACCUUGCUUCUGUUCUUCCAGGGACUGAAGAUUGCAGACAAUCAGACACAUUACGGAGGAUUCCUAAGGCCUGAGUACUUUCUGAGCUGUACGCCCCAGUGCCUUCCUUUGCUCCUUCUUAGAAAUUAAAUGUCUAGCCGUUUCUGAUUCUGAACCUCCUCUCCCACAAAAUUGUGACUGGACAAAACAAUGCAGUGUGUGUGUGUAUGUGUGUGUGAGAAUUAAAGCAAGGGGAGCAAUGAUAUGUCAAAAUACGGGUGUCCUGAUGCUGGAGAAGAGGUAGCAGAAGAAGUUUGGGCUACAGAAAUGGAUGAGAUGCCCAGAUAUGAAGUGGAAAAGCAGCAGAAGAGUGAUGUUGCCUACAGUCAGUUCAUGCGUGGCUAUUUGUCCCUGCCCUGCUCAGUUAAGACUAGAAACAGCAUCCUUUGAAGACCCAUAGAAAAAGCAGUUGUGCAAAUGCACACAAACACACUGUAGGACCUGUGCUAAAAGCCUUGUGUGUGUGUGUGUGUUUUUCCCAUCCCAACCAGCAACAUGCUUCCAUUUCUGCCAUCAACAAACUGCAGAAAGAUGAUGGCAAUCUGGGACAUCAGGGUCAUGUUCCUACAACAUUAGGCUGACCAUACGUCCCAUUUUGAACGGGACAGUCCUGUUCUGUUAACAUUUCCAGACUGUCCUGUCGUUUUAAUAUAAAUGUCUAUUUUGUCCCAUUUGCUUAAAAACCUUACUUAAAAAUGUGAAAGUUCCUGCGAACCUGUCAGAAGGCAGUCUGACUUUGAGUGGAAGGAGGGGGAGCUCAGCAGAAACAGCGGGAAAAAAGCCGCAGAGCUCAACCCAGCAGGAAACCUAAAAAGAAAAAAACAGGAUCAGCUGAUAGGCGGUGAUCAGAGGGUGAGCCAAUUGGCUCCUGCCUUGAAAGGGCGGGAAGAAAAGAACGUAAAAGCACGGCCAGAGGAGGAACGGCUUGUCGGGGACAACCGUUCACUAGACUCUCCAGCCCAGCCUUGCCUCUCGCAAACAAAGGAAUCCGAAGAUUCCCAGCCCGAGAAAACCAGAGACGUUCCUGCCCGCCGAUCCAGCCCAUCGCCCAGCCUGCCCCAUUUUGCCAUCCCAAUGUCCCAUUUUUGUCUCAAGGAAAUAUGGUCAGCCUAUCCAACAUAGUAAACUAAGCUUGGGUCUUUUGUGAGUCAGUGUAUUGUGGGAACGCAGCCAAGCAUGUUGCAUUAAGCAAACACUGAGGUUAAGCCAUCGCAUUGGCUUCAUUGUUCCUUGAGGGGGACAUAGGCAGUGCUAGAUAGAUAGCUCCUUAUUCAGUCGAUGACCAGCAAAUUUAAAAGAGCAAUAACAGAGUGAAACAAAUUGAUUCAGCAGUGUACUAAAAGAUAAAUCACAUAACGAUGUUACAUUCACUCCUCUAUUACCGUAUUGAUAACAUUAAUUACCCAAGUAAUAACAAAUUUUAAAAUUAAAACUUUAAUAUAAAUACCCCCUAGCAGCUUAUUCAUUAAGAAAUAUCAAUCCAAAAGUGAUACUAGGGGUAAAAGCAAGGAAUUCUUAAAGCAAUUACUUCUUUACCUGUUCUCCAGGAUUUAAAACCCACUAUUACCAGUGCAACACAGCCGGUGUGUUUUGCUGACCUGGGGUUUGUGCAUUGUGGAACCCACCAGUUGUGACAGUAAGUUCUGCAAUUGUGGUGCAAAGACAGUGAAAUGUGACUGAAAGUUGCUACUUCACGAACAGUCAAGGGCUCCCACAUCUUUGGACAUGCAGUAAUUCAAGACAGCCCAUACUUGUCACAGUAGGUUUGCAGUGUUGCAGACAGUGUUCCCUGUUGGAUUUCUGCCUGCCUUGCAGCUGCUUCUUAAAAAAGAGAUUUGUUGCCGAUAAGCUGCAGAUCUUAUGCUCUGACUCAGCUGCUUUCUUAACUUCCUCCCAUUUCUGCAUGCUCCCUUCCUUCUGUAAUUUGGGCAUUUCAGACCAUUGAUAUUCAAGCCUUAAAAAUUCUAUUUUAAAUGAUGGGAUUUAUCUACUUCCUAGAAUUGCGUGCGUGAGGGUGAGCAAAUGUGCAGUUGUGACUGUGUUUUUGAUGGGGGGCAAGUAUUCCUUUUGUGCUCUUAAAAAAAUGACCACAUGAAAUGAAAUACAUGUAAACUUGAAUAAAAGCCUUUUUCAAACAAAUUAUUUAUGAUAUGUAAGCUGAAUAAACUGAUUUUGAAGGAAAAAAAA